AGGACUUGGAGGGCGGGAGCCAGUCUGUGGUCUGAGGAGGAGGCAACUUCAUAAGUAAGGGCGAGGGAACUGAGAGAGGGCAGACAGCUGGAAAACACGACACAGGCAAGACUUUGGAGAAAGCAGACCAGGCAUGACGGCCACCUUGCCACCGACAACCAGCCCUUCCCGGCCACCCCUAGACCCAGAGGACGACGAUGACAUCCUGGACGAGUGCGACCAUUACAGCCUGACCCACUCUUACGUCGGGGGAGCUCGGAAAGGUCGUACCAAGAGAGAAGCUGCUGCCCACACCAACCGCCCGAGCCCUGGUGGACAUGAGAGGAAGCUGCUGACCAAGUUCCAGAAUUCUGAAAGGAAAAAGGCCUGGCGCUGAGGCACAGCUGGAGAUGAGGCCAGACCAUGGAUGUUACAGCCAGCAAUGGACACAGGACAACCACACCCAGCAAUGGAUACAGGACCCUGGAGAAAUUAGGAGAUACAGGCAGGACCAAGGCCUGCUUGGCUCUUUCCCACCUAAGUGAGGUUCUGGAGAGAGGCCACCAAAAGAGCCCUUCCAGACCCAGCAAAAGGGAAAGAUAGGAGCAAAAAGCAGGGGAAGGAUGGGGGAGCUAGCACCCCCAAAAAGAAAUGUGAGAGAAACCAGAUGCCCCCGGAGGCAGCAACAAUAAAUAGAGCAGUAGUGGCA